GGCCGUGCGUGUCGUCGCGGGCGAUGUAAACACCGCGCCCCGUGCGUCAACAUUAAUGUGAUUGUUUUGUGACAGGGAGUGACCACGACGCGCGGCUAAUUUAGUCGGCCUCCAUCACUCGCACUGACAUCAUGAAACUUGCUGUUCUAGUGUUAUUUCUCGUAACGUCCACAGUUUCUGGACGCACCCAUGGUCACUCUAGGCAUGGAGGAGGCUCGCAUAGCUAUCCUCACAGUACUGGCUAUUCUGGAUAUGGCAGUGGCGGUUCUCAUGCGUACCCUCACUCGACAGGACUGUCGGGCAACUCGAACAGUGGAAAUGUGAGACAGACGUACACCCAGCAGCACAACGUGAACCACAACUCCUACAGCGCUCGCACGGAAGUCCACCACCACUACCACUACAACCCGCCGCAGCAGAUCAGCUACGGAUCUACCUACCACCCUGUGUACCAAGGCCACCCGCCUAUUUACGUGUACGAGUAUCGGGACUCUGGCAGCAGGUUCGACAACUUGCUCACUGGACUGGCGCUGUAUAAUUUGGGACGUAGCAGUGCAAUGCAUCACCAUUAUGAUGCUGACAGACAGUACAGCGGGAGCCCGGGAGAGAUAUGCAAGCUGGGCAUCAGUAAACGAACUGGUGAGUACGAGGAGACGCGCAUCAAUUGUAAUUUGAUGUCCAGCUUUAUUCUGGAGGACGUGUCGAGCCCGCCGCGCAACGACCAACAACAGCAGCAUGUCGUGAAGAAUACAACUCAAGUACAAGUGACGCAGACGGUGAACGGCACGGGAAACUCCUCGGUGACAACAGUGACGGUGACCAGCAAUACGGUUGAAGAUGCCUUGAAGGUAAAAGGCCCCUCUAUAACAGUUACACCAGGCAUGACUUGCUAUAUGAUCAGGAUCUUCAGAGACAGUUCUUUCCGGAAGCCCGUGGAUUGUGGACUUCUACAAGAAUAUGCGCGAAGUUCCCUACAUCGUAAUAGUAAUAUACGUUUGGUGCCUCAUAUAAUACUCUUAUUCAAUUUUGUGAUAAUUUAUUUAGUGCGAUUUAAGUAAAGAAACGACCUUACGAAUUAAAACCAUAUAACUUUUGACUAAAUGUUUUGAGUAUUCUCUGUAAGAGAUGACUGCUCGCAUCUCUCGCAGCUUAUUCGUGUAAGUUAUAAAAUUCUUCCUACUGAAUGUUUGAAUAAGUUGUUGUUGUAGAUGCCAAUGUUAGCAACUCACUGAAUAAAGCUUACUCCAAAUGAGAGAAUUU